GUGGGGCCCGCACGUUGGGAAGAUGGCGCUGCAUCUGCUGAGGAGGGCGGCGCGCGGAGUGUCAGCGGCGGCGCUGCCGAGGCUGAAAGCCUCUCUGGCAGCUGAUGUGUCCAGGCUUGGACAUAGUUCCUCACCCAGUCACAAGUACACUCCCCGGAGGGCAGUGCUCUAUGUGCCUGGAAAUGAUGAAAAGAAAAUAAGGAAGAUUCCCGCCCUGAAUGUAGACUGUGCGGUGCUCGACUGUGAGGAUGGCGUGGCUGUGAACAAAAAGAAUGAAGCUCGAUUGAGAAUAGUAAAAACUCUCGAAGACUUUGAUCUGGGCGCAACUGAAAAAUGUGUGAGAAUCAACUCAGUGUCCAGUGGUCUGGCCGAAAAAGAUCUGGAGGCCCUCCUGCAGUCCCGGGUCCUGCCUUCCAGCCUCAUGCUCCCGAAGGUGGAAGGUCCUGAAGAAAUCCAGUGGUUUUCAGACAAGUUUUCGUUCUACUUGAAAGGCCGAAAACUUGAACAACCUAUGAAUUUAAUCCCUUUUGUGGAAACUGCUAUGGGUUUGCUCAAUUUUAAGGCAGUGUGUGAAGAAGCACUAAAGACCGGGCCUCCAGUGGGUCUUUUUCUAGAUGCAGUCGUUUUUGGAGGAGAAGACUUUCGAGCCAGCAUAGGUGCAACAAGUAGUAAGGAAACCCAAGAUAUUCUCUACGCCCGACAAAAGAUUAUUGUUGUAGCCAAGGCCUUCGGUCUACAGGCCAUAGAUCUGGUUUUCAUCGACUUCCGGGAUGGAGAGGGGCUUCUCAGGCAGUCGAGAGAAGGAGCUGCAAUGGGAUUUACCGGUAAGCAGGUGAUCCACCCUAACCAAAUUGCAGUGGUCCAGGAGCAGUUUUCUCCUUCCCCUGAAAAAAUUAAGUGGGCUGAAGAACUGAUUGCCGCCUUUAAAGAACAUCAACAAUUAGGAAAGGGAGCCUUUACUUUCCGAGGGAGUAUGAUCGACAUGCCAUUACUGAAGCAGGCCCAGAACAUUGUUACGCUUGCCACAUCCAUCAAGGAAAAAUGAUCUGUUAAAUGAAGCUCUCAUCAGGAGUUCCACCAGGAUGCAGUCCUGAAACCAGAGUUCUGCCUGAGGUCUGAGGAACGAAGUCAACCCUUCUGCGUGUUUGUAAAUAGCCUGUCAUAUUGGCUAAGGGAUCAAACACACUGGGCCCUGGCCUCAUUCUGCCCUUGGCCGGACGCAGGGAAUUGGAAAGCUGUGCUCAGUCUUAGGACAGAAUUUGGCCAACUCGAAGUGUUUUUCUCCAAUAUGAGCACUUGUUCAGGAAUCAGGAUGGCAUUCAGGAAGAGCAGAGGGGACCACAUUUCCCGGGGUAUAACUGCCGAACCCUAAAUCAAAGACAAAGCUUUCUAUCGACAGGAAGAGUAGAAAACGACUCAUUCUUGAAUCACCUGUGCCUUCCUAUUGACGGAGGGGGGAUCCUGCAACAAUGUCAGACUUCUCAGUUGGUCAAAAUCAAUUUCUCUCUCACACUAUGUGUGCAGCACGUAGACAUACAGAAAACUGGACAUGGUCCCAGAGAUUGGUCUAAGCCCUGGAAGGAACUUUCCAGAUUCCCUUCAUUACAUAAAUAAGACAGCUGAUAUACUGAAAACUCCAUCUUAUGAAAAACAAAGGAGACCAAACACCAACUGACUUUACUGUGAUGUUCAAAUACCUAGCUAAAGGGGAGAAAUUCAGUGAAAAGAAACUGGGGAAGGUGGGGAGGGGUUUGGGCUACGUAAUGCCACAUAGCUGGCUUGGCUGGGUUUUGUUUUAAAACAAUGAAUCAAAUUGCCUUGGUUAUUCAGACACAGUAAAAGAAUCAAGAGAAAAAUGAACAUUCCAUUUCAGAUAGCUUUGUGGUGGAGAAUUCCUUCAGAAGCCUAUCCACUAUAGGCAUCUGACUUAAUUUUCUUUCUUUUAAUGGGCUCUUUUGAGUUCCAUGGAAGGAAGAACAUAAAAACCAACAUGAACUUCUGGCUUAGAGUCUCUGGGAAAACUGUGUUAAUAACCCAAACUCCCAAAUGAGCAAAGGAGUAUGUCUAUUUCCUCCAUGGGAUUUCCAGGGACUGAAAUUCACACAGCAGCUUCCAGGGGAGCUCUGUGCUGCUUCUUCCAGGGUAGCGGGGAGGGAGCCCCACCAGCAUUUCCACACCAGCGACACGUCGUCUCCCUCAAGGGGCCCUGGCCAUUGUGGACUGCCACUGGGCUAUGCCUGGCUGCAGCGCGUGACACUCGUGUGCAAAGCCGUUGUACAAGCUGUAACCCUUCCCUCUCUGUCUACCCAACAAACUCCUAAUUAUUCUUCAAGACACAACUUGAAGGCUACUUCUGUGAGGUCUCCCCAGCUUGCUGGCCCUCCCCCAGCCCUUCCAUUGUAUUGGAUCAGAUUUCUGUGGUAGUACUUUGUAUGUGCAUAUGUGUGUGUGUGUUUCCCCAAAAUGGUGUGGAGGCCCUAAACAGUGGAUAUUGGCAUGCAUCUCCAGAUUCCUCUCCUGCUCAUCUCUCAUCUCACACCCCUCCCCUGGACCAGCUCGCUAAAGAUGUGUUCAUUAAAAUUAGGCCCAGAGCCAUCAUUUCCUCCAUCAGA